CCUCAUGUUCCUCUGUGUUUACAGCCUAGAGCUUCUGGUGUGGAUCACUGAACAUGUUUAUCUCUUAUUACUGUCUUUUUAACAAGGCAAUGCUUUAGCAAUCAUACAGACAAACAGCAGACUCAGUGAGGAUGAACGUGUGGAGGGAAAUGUCACUUCUGAGAGGAGUCAAGCUGCAGGACUGAGCUGCUACUUCCUGAAAUAAACAAGUAAUGGAGAAGUGGAGGAAACACUGUAAACACAUUUUCAUCUUCAUCCUUGGAGUGGUGACAAUCCUCUUCUUCUACCUCAACUCUGUGAAGAAGUCAGAAACCUGGGAGCCUCCCUUUGUGGAUCCUGGACCGUACCAUGUCGCCUAUCCAAGGAACUACAAAUUCAUCAUGGACGACACAAGGACCUGUAGACACACAACUCCUUUCCUGGUCCUGAUGGUCCCUGUCGCACCUGGCAACACGGCCGCUCGAGACACCAUCAGGAGGACGUGGGGGAACGAGAAGCUGGUCCUGGGUCAGCUGGUGGAGACUCUCUUCAUCGUCGGCCUGCCUGGAGGAGCCGACGCUGAGCAGACGCAGGAGAAGCUUGAACAGGAGAACCAGCAGCACCACGACCUGAUCCAGAGCGACUUCCAGGACAGCUACCGUAAUCUGACCAUCAAGACGAUGAUGAUGCUGGAGUGGCUGUCUGCUCACUGCGUCAAAGCCUCCUACGUCUUAAAGAUCGACUCAGAUAUGUUACUCCAUGUCCAGAAUUUGGUCAAACUUCUACUUGAUCCAAACACACCCAAACAGAACUACAUGUCAGGUUUGGUUUGGUGGCACAGUCCAGUUUUAAGAGACCGGUCCAACAAGUUCUACAUGCCCAGGGAGGUGAUUGCAGAGCCGGAGUACCCUCCUUAUCCUCUGGGCAUGGCCUAUGUCAUAUCCUUGGAUCUGCCUGGAAAAAUCCUGGAAGUUUCCCCCCACAUUAAACCACUCUACAUAGAGGAUGUUUACCUGGGAAUGUGCCUGAAACGCCUGGGCAUUUCCCCCACAGACCCUCCUGAAAAGACCAUGUUUGUUGUCGACCCUGUGCACCCGCUGAGCAGCUGCAGCCUCUCUAAAGUGAUCGCAGUGACGACGAAAAGUGUCUCACAGAUGAUGAGUUACUGGGAGAGGAGCAGACAGCCAGACGCUAAAUGCUGAGUUUCAUCAGGUUUACUAAGAUUUAAGCUAGACUCCUUUGUGAGGGACGCUGUAACUGCCAGACAGAUUUUUAGCUUUUAUAUUAUAUUAGCUAGAUCAAUGGUUUUCAAACUUUUUCGCUCAAGGCACACCUAAGGUUAAGCCAAAAAUCUCAAGGCACACCAUAUUUAAAUUGAUAUAAAAUAAACUUUUCUGGGGCCCAGCCAACUGGGGGAUCAUGGAG